UUUCAUAUCCCACAAAGAAACAAACCUUUGGCUCGUCUCUCCCUGCUCCUUCUUCCUUUCAAGUUGCAGCACCACAGCACUGACCCCAGCGUCUUCACUUUCUCACUCCUCACUCUCUAUCUCUCUCUCUUCAGAUCUCAGCAAUUCCAUUCUAUGCUCAAAUGGAGCAGCUGAAAACAAUCGGUCGCGAGCUGACAAUGGGUUCGCAAGGCGGAUUCGGCCAAUCAAAGGAGUUCCUGGAUCUGGUAAAAUCCAUCGGAGAAGCCCGAUCCAAGGCCGAAGAAGACCGCAUCGUCCUCCGCGAGAUCGAAACCCUAAAACGCCGCCUCCUCGAGCCCGAUAUCCCAAAACGCAAGAUGAAGGAGUACAUCAUACGCCUCCUCUACGUCGAGAUGCUUGGCCACGACGCCUCCUUUGGUUACAUCCACGCCGUUAAGAUGACUCACGACGACGCCUUACCUCUCAAACGCACCGGUUACCUCGCCGUCACGCUUUUCCUCUCCGACGACCACGACCUCAUCAUCCUCAUCGUCAACACAAUCCAGAAGGAUCUGCGUUCCGAUAACUACCGGUUGUGGAGCUCUUGGGCCACUCUAAGGAGGCCGUUAGGAAGAAGGCCGUUAUGGCGUUGCACCGCUUUUACCAGAAGUCACCCGGGGCGGUUUCGCACUUGGUUUCCAAUUUUAGGAAGAGGCUGUGCGAUAAUGAUCCUGGUGUCAUGGGUGCCUCCCUUUGCCCGCUCUUUGAUCUUGUAACCAUUGAUGCCAAAUCUUAUAAGGAUCUUGUGAGUAGCUUUGUCAGUAUCUUGAAGCAGGUUGCUGAAAGGAGGCUUCCUAAGAGCUAUGAUUAUCAUCAGAUGCCCGCGCCGUUCAUUCAGGUUAAGUUGCUAAAGAUAUUGGCACUGUUGGGGAGUGGGGAUAAGCAAGCUAGUGAGAGCAUGUAUACUGUUCUUGGUGAUAUUAUCAGGAAGAGCGAUUCAUCAACUAAUAUUGGGAAUGCCGUUCUGUAUGAGUGCAUUUGUUGUGUGGCUUCCAUACACCCCAAUCCCAAGUUGUUAGAAUCCGCUGCAGAUGUUAUUGCAAAGUUCUUGAAGAGUGACAGUCAUAAUCUCAAGUACAUGGGCAUUGAUGCCCUUGGUCGGUUGAUAAAGUUGAGUCCGCAGAUAGCAGAACAACACCAACUAGCUGUGAUUGACUGCUUAGAGGACCCUGAUGAUACUCUGAAGCGAAAGACUUUUGAAUUGCUAUAUAAAAUGACCAAGUCCUCCAAUGUCGAAGUGAUCGUUGACCGCAUGGUUGACUACAUGAUCAGCAUAAGUGAUGACCAUUAUAAAACCUAUAUAGCAUCUCGUUGUGUGGAACUUGCUGAGCAAUUUGCUCCAAGUAAUCAUUGGUUUAUACAGACCAUGAAUAAAGUUUUUGAGCAUGCCGGAGAUCUUGUGAACAUUAAGGUGGCACAUAAUCUAAUGAGGUUGAUUGCUGAAGGGUUUGGAGAGGAUGAUGAUGCUACAGAUAGCCAGUUGAGAUCAUCUGCUGUUGAAUCAUAUUUGCGCAUUAUUGGAGAGCCAAAGCUUCCAUCCAUGUUUCUUCAGGUCAUCUGUUGGGUUCUGGGUGAGUACGGCACAGCUGAUGGAAAACAUUCUGCUUCAUAUAUCAGUGGAAAGUUAUGUGACAUUGCAGAAGCAUAUUCAAAUGAUGAAACUGUUAAGGCAUAUGCAAUUUCAGCAUUAAUGAAAAUUUAUGCUUUUGAAGUAGCAGCUGGGAGGAAAGUGGAUAUGCUACCUGAGUGUCAAUCUUUUAUUGAAGAAUUAUUAGCAUCUCACUCAACAGAUUUGCAGCAACGUGCUUAUGAAUUGCAAGCCGUUGUUGGUUUGGAUGCACAAGCUGUUCAAGCAAUAUUGCCACGAGACACAAGAUGUGAAGAAAUUGAGGUUGAUAAGGACCUUUCUUUCCUCAAUGGUUAUGUAGAUCAAGCAAUAGAAAAGGGUGCUCAGCCUUACAUUGCUGAGGAUGAGCGUAAUGGGAUGGGUAAUGUGAGCAACCUCAGAAGCCAAGACCAACAUGAAUCGAUACAGCAUGGUCUGAGAUUUGAGGCAUAUGAACUUCCAAAGCCUCCAAUGCAAUCAAAAGUUGAUCCAGUUUCAUCAACAGAUGUUGUUCCAGUACCUGAGGCAUUAUCUUAUAGGGAGACCCAUCCCAUAUCAUCAGUGGGAUCGACAUCAGAGGCUGGGUCAUCAGAGCUUAAGCUACGUCUUGAUGGUGUUCAGAAGAAGUGGGGUAGGCCAACUUAUUCGACUCCAACAUCAUCUACCACGAAUUCUCCUUCCGAAAAACCUGCAAAUGGUGCUAGCCAUGUGGAUAGUGCAACAGCUUCCUAUUCAAAGUCACGUGAUAGUCAGAAUACAAAAAAGACAGAGAUUGAUCCAGAAAAGCAGAAGCUUGCUGCUUCAUUGUUUGGUGGAUCAUCACAACCUGAGAGAAGAUCAUCCACUGGUCAUAAGGCUUCAAGAUCUAGUGGUGGUGCUGCAGAUGGAUCUCGCGGAUCUAAAGCUGUGGAGAAAACGAUUCAACAACCACCGCCUCCAGAUUUGCUCGACUUCAGUGAUGAACCAACUGUUACUAGUGCCCUUCCUUCCGUUGAUCCCUUCAAGCAAUUGGAAGGACUUCUUGACUCAAGCAUGAGUUCUACAACAAACCAUAAUGCAGGUACUGCCACUAUUGCACCUGAUAUUAUGUCACUCUAUGGAGACAGUACUGCAAGUCAGGAUAGUUUAGAUAUUUUUCAUGGGUUGUCGACUGAACCUACUGGGGCUACUAGUGGAGAAACAACUGUGACAACUUUGCCGCAAUCUGUGAAGGGUCCAAACGCUAAAGAUGCCUUGGAGAAGGAUGCAUUAGUGAGGCAGAUGGGGGUGAACCCUACUAGUCAAAAUCCCAACUUGUUCAGGGACUUGCUUGGCUAAUCUGAUUACAGAGCUAAUUCUAAUUGUGAAUCAUUAUGCUUGAGGAUAGUUUAUGUCCUAAAAUGAUGGCAGAACCAGGUAAAGACUUUGUACCCAGAAGACUAGCAUUUGUGGUAAUCAAAUGCAGGAGGAUCGACUUGCCGCAUCCUGGUUUUGGGCCACUGAGAACUUGGAGGAAGGGUAAUGUUGUGCACGAUCAUUUCAUUGUUCUUCACCACAAAGUUGGGGGUCAUCUUUGUUUUGAAAAAUCUGUACUUUGUUAAGAAAUAUUUUUGUGCAUUUUUCUAUGUCCAUAUAAUGGAUUUCCAACAAUGAGAAGCUUGAUACUGCGGUCAAUAAUAUCAGUUUGAUGUGUAUGAAUGGCACUUGAAAGUGAUACGAGGAUAGGUUCGUGUAUUCCUUUUUUUUUUUCCUUUUUUGAACCCCCAUGUACCCAUCACCCCAUUUUUAUCCCUUUUUUUUUCGCCUUAUAA